AUGUCCGCUGAUAAUCAAGUGGAAUCGUUAUCAACAGAUGAAACAAAUGAUUUACGUAUUAAACUAGGAUUGAAACCGCUAUACAAUGAUCCAAAGCCUAAAGAUGAUUCCACAACUGGUAAUUCACCUCCUGAUAAUACGAUUAAGUACUCAGCAGACACAGAAGUUACUUAUGUAGCACCAGUUCUUGAGUCUAAAAAAGCUAUUGAAAUUGAACGACAACUCAAUGAGCGCCUCAAUCACAGGGCUAGAGCUGAACUUAUCAAAGGUCCAUCUAUAGCCCAAAGCUUAAAUGACGACCCGCUUGACCCAUUGAUUUGGGCCCAGAAACAACGGAUUAAGCAAAAGGCCGCCUCAAAACAAAGACAUGUCACUUAUUCAGACGACGAAUUUAGCCCUAUUAAGCAAUCACAUCAACUUAACCCUAGUGAAUCAACCAAUGAUCCAAGUAUGGAUAUAGAUGGCAAUGAUGGGCAGAUCAAGGUCGUUCAUGACUACAAACAUUUAGAUACCAAUUCUAUACUAACACUUUGUGACACGGGGAUAUUGGAGGCACAAGAGGAGGGAAUGGAGGAUAUUGAUUAUUUACAAUCUACAGAUCUAGCUGACAAGGAAAGAAUGGAAAGAAAUAUAAGUGGAAAGAAAGGAAAACCCCUUUCGUACGAGGAUUAUGUUGCAAAUGCCAUGGAUGAUACUGGUAAAAAGAAUAUUUUGGAGAAAUAUGACGAAGUUAUACAUGAGAAUGAGAGGAGCAGUUUUAAGAAUUUUUUCAAAGGUUUCUUCAUGAAAAAACCCAACACUGCGACUGAGGUUAAUAUAAAUGAUACAAAUAUUGUUAUUGGGAAUGAAUCAACCUGUAAAAAUUCUGCCGCUAGGAUAACAACUAACAGUGCUCAUGUUGAUGACAUUGAAUCACUUGCAGCUGAUGACAGUGGAUACAACUCAGCUCCUGAGAGUAAAAGAAAUAAGUUCAUCAAAAAGGCAAUUCCUAAAAUAUCAAAACGAGCAAAAGUUCCAGACUGGGAUGAAUUGUUUACUGAUACAUCAGCGCCUCCAGCUCCAGGCUAUGCUGUACCUUCCGCUCCGGAUCCCCCAUCCCCUAUUCCCAUAAUCAGACCUCGCAGGGCAGUAGAUCACGAUAUGCCCAGCGAUGAUAUGGACAAUAUGUUAUACCAACAAUUGACCAAGCAUAGACGAGUUACAAAUAGGUCUGUUCCAACACACGUCAGCAAUUCUGUUAAGCUGGAAAACAUUAAACAGGAUCAAUUUGAAGUAAAAUAUGAAAUUUCCCAGGUUGAUGAAUUUUGUAAAUCGGUCGAAUCUACUACCUUAUCGAAAAAUAUUAAGAACGACAAUAAAUAUAGUUAUAAUACAAACCAAACUACUAGCACUAGUGAUACUGUAUCACAUUCCCCCACUGUUGUGACUAAAGAUGCUGCGAAUCCUCUUGAGGAACUCCCGCUAGACUGUGGUAUCGCAAAUACUCUCAAAUACCUCAAAACUAAAGGUCAACUGGAGCCGGUUCAUUCUGAACAAAAUGAAAUAAAGCUCAACUAUAUCAACAAAUAUGGAAAAACAAUGACGCCAAAGGAAGCAUUCAAAGAACUAUGUUACUCAUUUCAUGGGAAAUUACCUGGCAAAAACAAGCAAGAGAAACGCUUACGCAAGAUUGAAAUGGAACUCAGAUUGCUUCAAAACCCGACUGAUUCGUUACCAACUAUGAGAGCUCUUGCGCAAAAUCAAAAAGCCGAUAAAUGUGCCCACAUAGUACUAGAUGGCGGCUCUAACCUUUUGAAAUGA